AGGCCCGGAGCAGAGAAAGGCAGUCGGCCAGCUCCAGACGACAUCGGACAGAGCAACAACAACAAAGGACGAUGAGCUAUCGAGGGACGAACACGGCCCGCUUCCCGAGAGACCAGGCCGAGAGCUCACCAGGGCCAUAUCGUGCCCGAGGUCGAGGCGGAGGAUUCCAGACAGGAGGACGAGGACGAGGGAGGGGUGGAGGCAGCUUCAAUGGGACGACCGACUUCAAUCCGAAUCCACUCGAUCAGUAUCCCCCUGCUCCAUCUCCUGCGCCGACCGGUGUCUACCAACAUCCUCAUGCCAGUAGAGGCCGUGGCAAUAAUGGCUGGGGUGGAAGGGGUCGAGGAGCACAGAACUCAUGGUCUCACUCCAACAAUGGGUCCAGUGGAUCGGGACAUACAACUCCUCGGGGUUAUCCUCCACGUAACAAGCCCUUCCAGGCUUCUCACCAUCCAACGCCCAGGGGAGGAGGUCUUGGCUUCCAUCUCAAUACCUCUUCCAGACCGACUGCCAAUCCGUCCUCACCACUACCAGAGGUCCCACGAACCACUCGAGGAACUAGUGACCCCCGAUUAUGGAUACCAGUCAAGUUCGUCAAGGCCACAGCAUUAACCAACAAGUUGUUAGAAAACCCUCCCAAAGAGCCCUUGGAAGACGAUUCGAUCGAACCUGGAUCCCAGUCGAAGAGUGAUCGAAGCCAAAAGACAUCCCCAGUCUUGGAGAACAUCCAGCCAUGUCUUCCCGAGAUUGUUCCGGAACCCACGCCCCCUUCUCCCAGUGACCGUCUAUGGGAAAUCGAGGAGGUUACUCCAGCGUGCGUCGAAAAGUGGCAAACAGACUUCCCGGGGAUUUUCAAGAAAGAUUCUCCGAAUGGUACCUUUCACUCCCCACCAUCUAACGUCCAAGCGAUUGCAUUGCCAUCGAACCCGACUCAACCGGCCAUCAGCUCUGAAGACGAGCCUCCAUUACCGCGGCCAGAGGAAGUGUCUCAGCCAGUGGUUGGAACCAAGUCGACGGCGUCGCCUAUCCCUAACAACGACGAGAGCUCUAAGCCUCUUGAUAUCUCUGAUCAAUCCAAAGCAGAUCUCGCUCAGUCCAAAGUAUCGUCGACCGGAUCGCCCGCAACUGGUCCAGAGACUGUGGAGGUCGUACCCUCCGAGUCCGACGUCCAGGCUUCGAAAUCCACUUCGGAGGCAGAACCAAGCGCCAACUCUAUCGUUUUAUCCUCUAACGCUCUAUUUUUCAUCGAUGCCGAGGGAGAUUCGGAGAAUCGGGUCAAAUACCCUCCGGUACAAGUGCCCAAGCUCGAAAAAUUAUCGAUCGAGAAAGAGACGGAUGAUGAUGAAGAACGGAUCGUCUUCCAACCAGAUCAAAGCAUUACCACAGAAUCCCAGGCCAAGGAUUCGCAUCUGUUCCGAACGAUCACCGACGAAGUCCUCGUCGUGUCUUCCAAUCAACCAGCCUCAGAUCCGCUCCCAAGCCAAGCGAAAUCAUUGGCAUCCAAGCCAUCCAAGAAAGACAUCAAGGCCCAAAAACGGCAUGCGAGGAAAGAGCGACGCAAAAGUGCCCGAGACGAUCGGCCUUACGACCCCUCUGCUACCCAUCGUCCUGAUCAGCUCGACAGUGGAAGUGAUAUCGAUUGGGGAUCCGACAGUGUCGAAGAGUCCAUCUUGCCACCCUCCGGGUCGGCAGAAAAGGAGCCCCAGAAUUCGGCGAACAAAGCUCAACGAAGUGUCUAUAAAAACAAGGAGGAGAUGGAGCUCUGUGAGGAUUAUAUCAAGCAUGCUAUGAUCGAUCAAUCAGGGGAUGAGGCCGACGGGAAAAACGCGACCACCACGUUCCUCAACGAUAGCUUCACCAAAACAUUCAUGGAUGGCAUGGCUGCCCAACAGAAACAUACUACGAUCGCCGAACUCGACCAAGCUGUUCAGGAUAAACUCGACGACGAGAUUCUGGGUCAGCAGCGUGGUUGGAAUAGCGACAACUCGGACUCUUUGGAUAAAAAAAUGGACUCCCUCGAAGAAAAAAUCGAUGAUUUGGAUCUUUAUAUCUCAGACACCACUGAAUCUGAGUCGGAUGAUGAGAGCAUAGAGGACGAAGAGGACAUCGACGAAUCUUUACCACUAGAUAAAUCGUUGGAGAUGUCGACCGAUCUAUCAACCGAAUCAAGUGAGGAUUCGGAAGAUGAAGAGGAGGUCUCAGCAUUGGUGGAGGGUGUUCUUGCGAAAGAUUCGAAGGGCAAGCAAAGACAAAAGAAAGGGGACAAGAUGAAUGUGAAUGAUUCGGAUUCGGAACUGAUUGAAUUCAUCGAUGAUCUGCAGAAGAAAUGGAAGAUGGACCGAGCCCGCAAGGCUGAGAAGAAGAAAGCACGAGCCGAGGCCCGGUUGCUCAGCGUGGCCAAGACGAAGAAACAGAAGAAGAAGGAGGCCCGCCGAGAAUCUAUUAAUUCUAAUCCGCCGCCCGAUGUGCCUAAGUUGAACGAGAUGAUCAGAGACUUUAUCUGCUUUGAAACCGACCAACAAGUCCUCACUUUGCCCCCUGUGGACAAGAAGAGUCGAGCAGCCAUCCACGAAAUCGCGAACCUAUACAAGAUGAAAAGCCAAUCUUAUGGCUCAGGGAAGCGCAGGUAUCCGGUGCUGACGCGGACGCAUCGAACGACGCACAUCCUACCGAGCCGCCAGCCGCUGUUCCGGAUCCUGAACCAGUUCACCAACAAUGGUGGACCGUCCAACCGUCAUGGGACGACCGGCCAGGUGCCGAGGAACAGGGAGGGCGCGCUCGUCGGCCAGGGCGUCGCUCACAUCGGCGCGGAAAACGUCGGGUUUAAGUUGUUGACGAAGAUGGGUUGGUCGCUCGGUCAGACUAUCGGCGACCCCCAGAACUCCACCGCCCUCCAAAAACCCCUCAUGGCUGUCAUGAAAAACACAAAGGGCGGCUUGGGUUUGUCCUCUCAAUUCAGAAACUAUUAGUUCAAAUCACUCCUCCCCCUUGGGGAAUAAAAAACCUCUCCAUUUUUUUUCACCAUUAUUUUCUUUUCAGUUCAUCUUUGUUGAUCCACUGCAUAACAAAUUCAUAUUCUGAAUUCAACCCGCAAAAACCAAAAGAUCAACAAAAAAAGUAGAGUGGACGAAAGAAACUUAGGUAUUUGUUGCAACCUAUUCAUAAUAGAAUAGAAAACUACACAUAUAUAUACAUACAUAGAGAAAAGAAACACAUUUGUUUGUUUAUUGCCUAACCGUCCAUAGUUGUGGAUUAGAGACAUGAAUUGCUUGGAUUGGUGGGUCCAUUGAAGCACCAGAAAUACAUGCAACGGACUGUUUU